AUGGAUCGAGUACCAGAGAGUACUGUCGAGUACUUUCUCUAUCCAUGUUUAGACGGAGUAUCCGGUGGUGAGCAGAGCAUCAAGGAGCAUGUGGACGACUUGAUUGUGCAAUACAGCAGCCAUUUGGCGGCCUACCUGGCUGAUUACAUCUGGCACAAGCAGCCAUUCUCUCUUCGGUCGAUUACCAAUGGAUCAGAUUGCUACCUGUACGGGCGAACCACCUUUGAGGACAACAUUGAAGACGAGUAUUUCAUUUUGUUCCUUCUUCGUGAGCUAACUCUUCAUGACCCUGGUCUGGUUGUGAAGGUCAACGACGAGGACGGAGAAAUUUUGUUGAUUGAAACGUCACAGUUUCUCGACAAGUGGGCCCAAGAUCCCAGACGCACAGAAAACCGCGUUUACCUGCACAAUGGUCACAUGCAUCUAAUUGCUCCGAGCGUUAAGCCGACUUGGACUGAAAGUGAAGCACGAAACGUACCAAAAGAAGCAGCUCGGUUCAUUCGGAAUAAUCCUGAGAAAACGCGUUGCAGUGAUGCGAUUCAAAAGUGCAUUCUCAAACGAAUCAAUGCAUAUCCUCACAAUAUCAAAGGACUUCAGCAUCGAGCCCACUGCUAUAUUCCAAUUUCAAUAGCUCUUCUACUUCAGCAAAAUCCAAAGUUAAUUUCACACGCCGUCCGUGCCUUUUAUUUUCGCACAUCUGAAGAUCACAAAAGUAUUAUUGACGCAAAGCACUUUUCUGCUGAGAAUUGUGUUCUGUCCACCGUUACCUUCACCCGCUGCCUGUACGCUCAACUCACUUCGCAGGAGUUUAAACCUGACAAGCGAAGCAAAUGGCCAAUACUAAAUAUUGAUGAUUCCAAUUAUAACGCAUUUAUCAACGGAUUCAAAGUUACUGCCGGCUUUGAGAUACUUUUUUCACAAUAUGAAAAGAGUAAAAGUGAUAAUAUCGACAGUGAAGAAGAUGACAUGGGAAAGCAACCUUUAUGGACAAAAUUUCAGACUUGCCUUGAGAAAAAUGGCUUCUUUGGCAAUGAGCCAGUUGGCUCCAAACGACACACUGAACGCCUUCAGCAGAGCAAAACAUUCUUUAGCAACAUGUUUGUUGACUUGGAUUUGAUCGACCACGAUUUUGGGGUAGGCAAGCAAAUCUGUGACUUCACCCGCAGUGUGGACACUGAAAGAGAACUUCAGAAGUGGAAGUCACUAUCUCUUGAGGAGGAGGACGACGACAGCUGGCUUCAUCUAAACCAGUCAGACUUGGAUGCACUCCUCGCAGAAAAAUUUGGCUGUCCACCUGAAAGUGAGAUGAACCUCGAUGAAAUCUCAAAGAACAUUCCCGAGACAAUUAAGAAGUUUGUAUUUAACGAGGCAUCAGGAUUGAAAGGCGCCGAAGCCCCUAGAGCAGCUGAAAACGGCAAGUCAAAGUUGCAGAGCAGCAAAGUAGAGAAGGCUCAAUCUGGCGAGAAAGACUUUGCCAACUUUGUAAAGGAAAUUCAAUUCCUCGUUGGAAAGACGCCCAAUUUAAAUGACUUUCUGGACGGCGAUUCUUCCGAUUCUUCCAACAUGGGCGACUAUGGCUCCGAUGACGACGAGGAGGAAUCAUUGGAGGAACUGGUGGGCGCCGGGCAAUCGCCCACCGGCCAGUGCUCCACCAGCUCCUCCAAUGACGAGCAGUCUUCAUCAGUGUCGCCCGAGGUGAAGGCAUACCUGAAGCAAAUGGACUCUGAGCUGUCCACCACCGUCAUGGCCAAAAGUUUCAACCGACAAUGUCCCACUGCUCAACUGGACAGCGACGAUGACGCAGACGAUGAAUCGUCGCCCGUGGAGGGCUCCAACGCUGAAAUCGACCUCAAUGUACUCUCAAACAUUCUCGAGUCGUACAGUGGUGAGGCGGAAAUGUCCACCUCGGUCGGUCCGGCAACGGCACUCUUUGCGACGAUGGGCACCAAACUUCCCGACAUUGAGCGAGACUAA